CGCCCCGCCCCGCCGGCGCGCCCUCCCUGGGGGGACCCCGCGGCACCUGCGGCCUCCGAAACCAUGUCGGGCAGGUCGGUUCGAGCCGAGACCAGGAGCCGCGCCAAAGAUGAUAUCAAGAGGGUCAUGGCGGCUAUCGAGAAAGUGCGCAAAUGGGAGAAGAAGUGGGUGACUGUGGGUGACACAUCCCUGCGAAUCUAUAAGUGGGUCCCUGUGACAGAGCCAAAGGUGGACGAUAAGAACAAGAACAAGAAAAAGGGCAAAGAUGAGAAGUGUGGCUCUGAGGUGACCACGCCGGAGAACAGCUCCUCCCCGGGGAUGAUGGACAUGCACGAUGAUAACAGCAACCAGAGCUCCAUAGCGGAUGCCUCCCCGAUCAAACAGGAGAACAGCAGUAACUCAAGCCCUGCUCCAGAGCCCAGCUCAGCCGUGCCCGGCGAAGGCACUGACGCUAAGGCAGACGAGACCCAGGCCGAUGGGAAGGAGCUCCCUGGGGUGGAAGAUGCUUCUGACGAGCAGAAUUCGCAGUCUUCAAUGGAAAACUCGAUGAACAGUUCAGAGAAAGGUGAACGGCAGCCAUCUGGAGACGCGGGUCUAGCUGCAGAGAUGUCCGCAAUCUCUCAGGUACCUCGAUCGAGGUCUCAGAGGGGCGGCCAGAUCAGCCGGGAGCCCGCUGGGGUGUCGGGGGAUUUGGAAGGAGUGCCACCCUCGAAGAAGAUGAAACUGGAGGCCUCGCAACAGAACUCUGAAGAGAUGUAGACACUAUGUUCAGUCCUGCUGUCCAUGUUUCACGGGAGAUCCCUCUGCAGGCUGAAUCCUAGAACAACUUCACCUGAGCAAUUCCUCUCGGGUGCAGACAGGACUACUAACUUUCCAAGUUUACCAAGUGCAAAUCCAAGAAAACCCAGAACAGCGUAACUUCUCAGACACUGAAGAACUUUCUGCUGUGAAGCAAAACACUCGAGUGUUGAAGGGACUGUCCUUGGGAAGAUGGGGUUGACAGCUCAGGAGUGUCUGCACACUGUCUCUGAAGCCAAGAUUACAUUUGUGUUGCUGCUGUAUUGUUUUGUGUCCCCCCCCCCCAACUUCUGUAUUUAACGAUAUAAGCUAUUCGAGGGUGGUACCGAUCAGGGAAUCGGUUUUCGUCGGGGCUUUUCACUGUUCGCCCGAUUCCUCCCGCUUUCUUUUUUUGUGCCUUGUGCCCUUGAGGUGACCUCUGGCAUGUUUUCCUGGUUGUUUUGCAUCUCCCUUUGCAAAGUGCCCUCAGUUUUGUCCAGGCAGCUGGUGCCACCGUCCUCACACCUCUCUCCUCCCUGACCCGGGACUUCAGCUGGAGCGGAGCAGGCAGGGAGGAGGGGGACCCGAGGCCUCGCAAGGGCAGGACCUCCUUGGCCGCCCGAUUUGCAGCUGCAGGGGUGUCGGGCAAGCCCUGGGCCCUGGGCCCCAAGUCCGAGGAGCCUUGGAUGUCGGGGCACUGCCGCCAAGGGCUGGCUUCUGGAUGUGCUCUCUCGCUUCCUCGGGGCAUCUGGGGCCGGCGUUUCGAAGGCCACCGCGGUGGCCCAGACGGACACGCAGAGCCCUUCAAUUGCUCUGGCACUUGCACCCUCCCCGCACCACACGGCUUUCUCCCACACCUCCGAAGAGGAAGUGGCUUCUGUGGCUGACUGCAGGAUUGUCUCCUUAGGACGGUAAAAGGGCUGAGGAGGCUGGGAGCAGACAGCAGGAAGAGCUGGUGCUGAACUUGCUGUCAUGCGAUGUUGCCUGGAUUUCAAAUCCGCAGUAACCUGCUACCCUCUGCCUCCCCCCGCCCCCCCCCCCACCACCACUCGGCAAUCCCCCCAUCCCCGCCCCGGGGGAGGCAAGAUUGCAGAGUGUUCCUGACGCUCAGAGCCAACAGUCUGAUGGCCUCUCGCUCCCAGGAUGCACUCACAGCCCCCACGGGGGGAGCAGACCCUGAGGAUUGGGCCUCAAAGGCCAGAAGCAAGGCACCAAGGAGUGGGAUGCUCUACACUCCUCCAGAAAGGGGUGAUCGAGUCCUCUCUCCUCGCCCCCGUCCCCUGCCUGUGCCGGGACACCUUCCUCUCACUAAAAUGGAGAUACCCCCUUGGAUGAACUGCCUGAUUGUUUGGUUCUGAGGCCUGGUUUGCUCUUAAUUCCUAAAUGGACUCCUCGGACCUUAACCCUUUUCCUGAGCUUUCUUUACUGCACUGGAGUUCCAACUCCCUUUGAGUUGAGUGAGGGGGUGGGCGGGUUGGGGGAGAGGGUUGUUUUGUUUUGUGGUUUUUUGUUUUGUUUUGUUUUCGUUUUUGUUUUGCUGAUUGGUGCAUAUUCAGGUACCACCUUUGAUACCUUUGACGUGUGGAUCUCUCUCCUGA